CUUUAACUUAAAUUUCCCCUUCUUCAUCGCGAUCAUCCAUUGCAAGAAAAAGAAGGAUAGAUAAAAAGAGUCGAUCUCUUUUUGUUUUGUUUCUCGUUGUUGGAAUUCCUUCAACGUAUUCGUCCUCCUUUUUUUACAUCCGCAUCGCUGCCGUUCAACAUACGCCUCUUCCUUACGCCUUUCAAUCAAAUUUCUCAACAUUCACGCUCCGCUGGGCGCAGCUCAUCUCUCCAUUAAUUACUAUAAAACGCUUUCUCAUCGGAACCCAUUUGUUGUCGUCAUUCUUGGUGCCAAAGUAUUGAUCCUUAAUCUAGGACUUACUAUUUAAACGCAACUCUCAAGUAGAACUACUCGUAUUCAUUCCCUCUCCUACUCACCUUCACCUUUUGCGCAGGCACGUACCUCUCAAAAUUCAAUACCAUGUCUGAUUUCUCCUCUUUACGACCUCCUGCUUCGCCAUCUGCUCGUGCUUCUUCUCCGGUAGGUAGCAUGAACACUUCUCGUUAUUCUCUUGGCAAGCAAUCAUCUGGACCUGGCGGUGCCGGUGGUCCUGUCAAAAGUCCAAGUAUGGGCAAUACAGCCAUGCCUGGUACACCUCAUGGUGCUCCCGGUCGUGCAGGCUUACGUCCAAGCUCGGAACUGGUUGGAAUGCAACAUCAAGGAACUCCCGAAUCCGAUGCGAUCGAUAGGUGGUUCGAAGAUUUACGCCAUUACGAAGCCACUUUGGAAGAAAUGGCUGCUGCUUCUCUCGAUCAAAACUUCAAGGAAGAAUUGAGCGCGAUCGAACAAUGGUUUAGAGUCUUGUCAGAAGCUGAACGUACAGCUGCUCUGUACAGUCUCUUGCAAGAAUCAACUCAAGUUCAAAUUCGCUUCUUCAUUACCGUCUUGCAACAAAUGGCCCGCAGUGAUCCAAUGAGCGCUCUACUUUCCCCAAGCCACCCCUCCAGCGCUAUGGCCGAGCAAAUGGAAGCAAAGAUGGCAUCUUUGGGACUCAAAUCUCCUCAAGCCGCAAUCAGCAAGCCCAAUUCUGCUUCCGCUUAUCGUCAAUCGACUGAUGCUUCUGGCUUCCUUUCUCCUAAUGCAGCUGCCUUGUACGGUGCUGGCAACAAUGUGAAUCAAGAUGCAGCUGCUCUCUUGGCUGCUCAACGUGCAAAGUUCAAAGCCAAUCGCAUCUCUGCACCGGGUACUCUUGCCAGUGAUCAUGCUGCCCGCAACUUCUCCGGAGGUAAUUUGGAUCAAGUCCAAGAGAACCGCAAUACUGAAUCUAUCGGCUCGGGCAGCAAUAUGCGUCCCAAGUCCACCGAUGGACUCUCUUCAGCUGCAGCCAAGAGUCCUCGUCCUAGUGGACCUUUGGACGACACAUUGAGCCCGAUUAGUAACACUGGCAACUGGGCAAGCAUGGUCAACACACCUGUGAUGCCCAUGUUUGGUGAUGACAAUGCAAAUGGUCUAGGUAAUAACCUCGAAGCAGCUGCAGCACAACUGGCAAGCGUAACUGAUGCACAAAACAGAAAUGUUUUGCUCGAACAAGAUGUUAGCAAAUAUCGCAGAAGAGGUCAAGUGGGACCACAAUCGUCUCAAGGUCACAGCAGUCCUAUGGCUUCACCUAACCUUAACGCACAUUCGCCCAAUCUAUGGCACUCUUCGCAAAACGACUUUUUACGUCAAGCUAUGGCCACUUCGCCAUUGCCAAACAGUGCAAGUUCCAACAAUUUCAACUUGACAAUGAGUCCAAACGCAUUGGCAGGAUUACAAUCGCCAAGUGGAGGAUUGAGCAAUCCUGUGAAUAUGCAAAUGAUGAACGCAAUGGCAGCUAUGGGUGGAUUGAGUAAUAUGAGUGCAGCUCAAUUCUUGCAAAUGCAACAACAAAUUCUUCAAAAUCAACAACAAAUCGCCGCCAUGGCAGCAGGCAAUUAUCAACAACAAGCUUCGAUGCGCAACAAUGCCGUUGGAAGUAAUCGUGCGCCUGGAUCUGCUUUCCAAGGCUUGACGCCAAACAGUUCCGGCUUACCAUCUUCCGCUGGCCGUAGAAGUCCAGGAAGUGCACGUACGCCUUUGCCUAGAACGGCAGGCGGACCUGGUAGCACUGUUGGCGGACAAGCAAGUGGCGUUCCGGGUGGAGCUGGACAACAACAAGAAGAAGAUGUUACGGAUUUGAAAUUGUUACAAGAUAUUCCUGCUUGGUUACGUGUUUUACGAUUGCACAAAUAUACACCCAAUUUCGAAAAGAUGGAUUGGAAGGAUGUUGUGGUGAUGACGGAUAAAGAUUUAGAAGAUAAAGGAGUGGCUGCAUUGGGAGCAAGAAGAAAGAUGUUGAAAACCUUUGAAUCCGUUCGUGAAAAGCAUGGAAUCGCUCAUCCGCCUGGAAGUGCGAUCCCGGAAGCAUCUUCAGCAGCUGAAGCAGCAGCAGAAGAAGCCGUCAAAUCAGAAGAAAAGUAAGGGUAUGCUCUCUCUUUAUGUUUGCCACCAGUCAUCUUCCCCUCUUUUGUUCUGGUUCUUUUGUAGAAAUGCCAAGAAAACAACAGUAUUAUUUAUCCCUUUUUUACAGCUUUCCGUCCAACUCAAACAAUGUACAACCACCUUACGUAAUCUUCUUUCCUUCAAUUCUUAGCCAUGCCUUUUACUCAUUAUGCGAGGAAGAAGUCAGCUACCUAUAUUCUUUUUGGUCACCCUAUCUUCUUCUGUUGAUUUCCUUGUAGUCCAAUUAUGAAACGAAUUUUACCUGCAAUUGU